AUCAGCAAAUUGCUCCCUUCUCAGCUCUCUGAAUCUUGUGCUGUUCUGAAUUCUGACAUAUAGUGGAGAUCAUGAGAUGUUAUGAAGGACUGACAGAGUGUCAGCGGCAACAUGUAUGUUUAGGAGCCUUUGGGAAGGAAAAUAGAAGCACCUCUUGAUUUUCCAAGGAAACAUGAAAAAGCUUUGGUAUCUCAUCUUCCUGGUCCACUUGUCAGAAGUGUCUACAGCUGAGGUAAUUACAGAGGUUUUCGGUGUUGAAGGGGAACCCAUUUCCAUCAAUUGCUCCUAUAGUCCUCAGGAGAACCAGUGGAGAGAGAAAAGUUGGUGUAAGCACAUAAGUGAGGCAACAUGCCAGCAUGUUGUCAGUGCCCGACGUUUUUGGCUGCCAUUUGUCAAGCGAAGAAAUGGCACCACAGCCAUUGCUGACAAUAUCCAAGAAGGGGUGGUCAUGGUAACCAUCAACCCACUCCAGAAACAGGAUGCUGGUUGGUAUCAGUGUUUGACACGUUUCUUGGGGACUGUGAAGACCCUGCAGAAGGUCAAGGUGAAUGUUCUGACAAGUACAGAGGAUGUACAAGAGACACCCAGAAUCCUUCACAGCAUCUCUGGCUCUCUUUCAAAUGCUGGAGUCAAUCUCAUCUUCCUAGUGGCUGGCUUUCUUGGUUUCAAACUACUGAUUGCUAUUAUUAUCCUAAUUAUUGCCAGAAGCAAGAAGAGAACUACUGGGAAUGAGAGCAGAGGAGAAAACCAGCAUUUUCACCUCCCAAUCACCACAGGGCACAUUUACCCACAGCCUUCUCUGCUCAAGAUCAGUUACAAGAUGGAAGUUUUCCCAGGCCUCCAACUAGUGUUGAUGCUCACAGGUCUUUUUGCAUCCUGUACGUCUUAUUUGUUCCCAAGUCUUUCUACUGCAAGUUUGCAAAACACAGGAAAGAGUCCAAAAGAGAUGGUACUAAUUCAAGGAACCUCCCUCAGAAUAAGAGCUUUCUGUGCCUAUCAAUAUUGGCAAGGAAACCCCGUUUGGUGCAAAGAAACACAACACACAGAAUGCCGAUUCCAAGAUCCAAGAAAUCCCACAGAACUAGGAUGGCAAUAUCUGACUUCUGAAGCAAACCAAAAGAUCAUGUUUGAAGGUGUAGUGAAAGGUUGCAUUUCUGUACUCAUGAAGAAUCUCCAAAUUGAAGAUUCAGGGAGAUAUUGGUUUGGAAUUCUAGCCGAGAUGAAAAUGGUUUCCAUAAAAUCAAUUAAAUUGGUAGUUCAUCAUGGUGAGCACGGUUAUUUCUUGUCUGGUAAAACUGUAUCACCUCCAAUAUCUAGGAUGCCAUUUACUUCCUCCAUAUAUGGAAUGAAGACUCAAGAAGUAACCAGGACACAAGGAGAAUCUCUCAGUGUCAAGAUUUUUUGUUCCCAGCAACAUGCGCAAGCAAAGAAAGUGUGGUGCAAAGAGGAACUGAUGAAAGAGUGCAGUCUUGAAAAAUCCAUAAGCUUCUCCGGAUCAGGAUGGAAAGGUCUCACUACACAACCAAAUCAACGUGUCAUUCUAAAUGAUUUGGGAAACGGAUGUAUUUAUGUCUUCAUGUCAGCUCUUCAACCAGAAGAUACAGGGUUAUAUUGGUUUGGGGUUCUUGAUGGCCUCAAUAUAAUCCCUUUGAGAAACAUCAAGGUGAUUGUUCAAAAAGAACAGCAAAAGACCAGCGAAGAUGAACAAAGAGUUUACCAGGUUAUCUGGAUUCUGGCUUCCAUUGGUGUAGCAAUUUGUGCUACCUACAUAUUAGUUGUCAUAGUGCUCAUCAAGAGAAAGAGGAGAGGUAUGUUUAGCACUUCUUUUGUCUUCCUACAGCUCAGAUUUUCAUGCAUGUUUUAUAGCAUAUCAUCAGAAUACUAAUGAAUAUGAAUGAAGCUUAUGCAUAUGCAAAUAUAGCAUAUGAUAUUAAGAAAGUAUGAGAACUGCAUUCCAAGAUGAAAUUAUCUGGACAGACUUUGAGGUUUCAUAUUCAUUUUAACACUGUUUAAACUGUAUUGUCAUUUGUGAGUAUAAAAAAAGCCUUUGUGAGGCUGGAAUAGCAAGAACUGGGGCUUCUGUCCAAGAGAUGCUUUUGUGUAUCAGUUGAGUUCUACAUUAUUCCAUCUAUUAAAAAGAAGUAAGUAUGUAAUGUAGCUAAGACUAAGAGGUGGGUAGAAUCAAGGUCUUCUGUCCCUUAGAUUACAAUUACUCUAUUUUAUAGACAUGGAAAAAUAGACCUUCUGGAAGACUUUCACAUAAAUAAAUCCCAGACUAUUUUGAAAAUAAAGGCAAUACUAGAGUCUGGUAUUUUUUUCUUUGCGCUACAGUAUGCUAGUUUCUAAUAUAGCAUAUCCUUUAGGUAAAAGAAUCCUUACAAAAUAGUUGAAUGCAAUAGGUACUUUUUUUUUAAGUACCAAGAGAGUACAGGUAGUCCUCAAGUUACGACUACAAAUGAGCCCAAAAU